AUGGCGACUGUAGCGGUCAUUGUGUCAGUACUAACACUGACCAGUAUCUCCAUCGAGCGUUGGUUCGCCAUCUGUCAACCUUUGACCUUCCAGCAGACCAAGUCUCGGGUCAUCAUCUGUGUUGCCGUCAUCUGGAUUGUCGCCCAUGUGGCGGCCAUUCCUCGGCUCAUUGUCAUGCAGGAAAAUCAUGACGCAUUAAUCCCGCCAAAUCUGACAAUCCUGUUGACGUCAUGCGGACCGCGAGAUCUCGACCUGACGAUAAAGUACGAGAUUUUUCUCGUCGUGACGUUUUUCGUCAUUCCGAUCAUCGUGAUGGGCUACAACUACACAGCUAUAGCCGUGUGUCUGUGGUCCAGCUCUAGGAAUACCAGGCACCUGACAGAAGGAGACCAGCAGGCCAUCGUCUCACAGCUUAUGGCCCGUCGCCGGACGGCCAAGAUGUUGGUCGUGGUGGUCAUCGUCUUCUUCUUCUGCUUCCUGCCCAACCACAUCUGGAACAUUCUAAGACAUCUGGUCAGUGUGAAUGAAAUCAAUGAGCUGGCGCCAGUCAUCACACUGCUCACCCAAGUACUCGUCUACACCAACAGCUGUACGAACCCCAUCAUCUACAACUUUAUGUCAG